AAUAAUGAAUUAGAAGAAGACAUCGAAUUAGAUAGCGAAUCAAGUAAAGAUUAUAUUUCAAAUGUAAGAAAGUGGUCUGAAAUACUGGAAACUUGGCUUUCAAUGGUAGAAGAUGAAGAAGAUUCAAGUUUAUGGUAUGAUGAUAACUCAGAUAUAACAAAUGAUUUUACUACAAAUCAAAUUGUAUUUAAUACAACUCAUCCAGCUGAUAAUCAAUCAGCUAAAUGGAAGUUAGAAGGUUUGUUUGUAUUAGAUAUUGUUGCACCACUUAAAGUUAUAAUGGAGGAUAGUAUUGAAUCGUCAACUAAUAGCAAUAGUGACAAAUCA